AUGGCGGGUGCUAAGAAGAAGAAAACCAAGCCCGCGGCAAAUCCCGCUCGAGGAUUUGCUACCACUUCCAUUACAUCGAAGCCGAAGCCGAGAGUCGAGAAUCCCGAUCCCGAACCCAACCUCCGGGAACACGCCAGUGCCCCUCCGCCGCCAUCGUCCCAGGCCCCGCCACCCGCGGGCCCCAACGACGAUGCCGUCUCGAACCCGCAACAGAACGAGCACCUGACUCCUGAGCAGUUUGAAAGGCAGCUGGAGGAGUCCGAACUCCAAUUGUUGGUCGAGAAGCACGCCCAGAAAGUCAAGAGAGAUGCCCAGCGCCAGAAGUCGAGACUCGAAACCGACCGCAGAUUGCUACGUGGACAAGCCGAGCCUUUGAACACGCGGAAAUGGUUGCCUCAGGAGCUCAUGGACCAUGUUCUGGACCUGAUCCAAGCCGAGAGCCGUUUUGCGUCUUCCUUGCUUGUAGCCGACGCCUCGACCAGCGGGAAUAUGCCCGCCGAGGAAGACUUGACCAUGCGACUGUGGGCCCUACAACAAGCCCUGGCUGGUGCUGGCUUUGCCGACGACAAGGUCAAGUCCGUCAUACAAUACGUCCUCGAGAUUGCCUCUAAUGUGAGUACCACCAACAAGGAUAACAUUUGGGGCCUGGACGAAGCUUUGGAUUGGCUCGCUAGGGAGUGCACCAGGGAAGAGCUACAUGACUACGACUGCAGGGGCCGGGGCGUAAAGUCGCAAUCGGAUACGCCUCUGGACAGCCCACUGCCCUCGGGCGCAACCACACCGCAUCUCCUCGAAGUCAACGGCGGGGGUAAGAAGUCCCGUCGGAAGAACGGCUCUGCAAAUUUGCGAUCCUCCCGCACUGCGUCUCCCAAGAAGAUAGUCGUCACUUGUGAUGAGGACAUCGAGCCCGACGACCUCAUACCAGCCUACCUCGAGACCAGGAUCCAGUUAUUCCAUAUCCAACGGCCAAAGCAGGACAGCAAGAAGUCCAAGACAAUCAGGAACAACACUUCCGAUGCUACGACGGAGUCCUCCUUGGACCCGUCAUCGAAUGAUCUGGCCGAGGCUAGGCUGCUGGCAAAGAUUGAGCGCAUCGAGCAAGAUGUCCUCUUCGACAAGGCUUCCGCUGGACACAUAUGGCGAGGCGAGCGCAUCGAACUUGAGAAGGAAUUUGCGGCCCAGGCAAAGGAAACGGAACAGGCCGAGCAAUCCAAAGCACAAGAGGACCCCGUCACGGAGGUUCAGUCCGAUGAUGACGUCUCCAAGGAAGCAAAACGAAUCACAGCCGAGAUCCUGCAGCAAGAUGGCAGCGACGAAGACCAGUCUCUGUCGGAUCUUUUUGCGAGCCUCCCGGUCCAGGAAACCGAUCACACAGGCAAGACGAGCACUGUGAUCACUGGGAAUGACGGCGUCAAGACUGUCAUCCGUGACUUCGGCAAGUGGUCAGGAAUAAGCCCAACUAGGGUAUUAGAAGAAGCCUGUCGGUCGAGAGAUCCGGCCGUCAAAAUCGCUUAUCAUCUUGUGUUUGAAACUCCAUAUUCAAACAGUCACAUGGUGUCUGUCUCUUGGUCCAAAGCACAAGAACUCUUCCCAACUCCUGAAAUUCCAUCCAUUGAGAGUGCUAUAUACCCUCGCAAGUUUACCUUCAAGAUGACCACCGUGUCAACGCCGGAACCAAGGCAGUCAGAAGCUUACAUUGCUACCGUGGCGCUAUUCGCUAUAUUCGGCUCCACCAAGGAGGAGAAGGUCUUCUUGAGAUUACCUGCUGCCUGGAGAGAGUUUUGGUCGGAGCUCGCAGAGGACAAGAAGAGCCAGAUGGAUUCCACAGACAGGUCAGCGGUCAAGGAGCUUCGUGCUCUGAUUCGCCAGAAACAAGAUCAAGAACUGGAAGACGGGGUUCUGCUACAAGGCGCCUUUCGUGGCCGCGCCUUGCAGCGCAAUGUAAACGACGUAGGCGACGAUGCGAACGCAGACAGAGCCAACCACCACUUAUUCGGGCCGGAAUACUACCAGAGGAUCUGGGCUGAGAAAUCGAACACGCCCCGAUUUCAUGCCAUGUUGCAAUCACGCAUGCAGCUUCCAAUGUGGCACUUUAAAGAGCAGGUACUGGAUACCAUUGAGAGAGAACAGGUCGUCAUUGUUUGUGGCGAAACGGGAUGCGGUAAGAGCACGCAGGUGCCGUCCUUCCUGCUAGAACACCAGCUAUCACAGGGGCGGCCGUGCAAGUUAUACUGCACCGAACCUCGUCGAAUAUCGGCCAUCUCGCUGGCCCGUCGAGUCAGCGAAGAGCUCGGUGAGGGCCGAGGAGAUCUAGGUACUUCAAGGUCUCUUGUCGGCUACUCUAUCCGCCUCGAGUCCAACACGGCAAAGGAGACUCGCCUGGUUUACGCCACGACUGGUAUCGUGAUGCGGAUGCUGGAAGGAUCCAAUGAGCUUCGGGAGAUCACCCACCUCGUCCUCGAUGAAGUCCACGAACGCACAAUCGACUCAGACUUUCUGCUCAUUGUACUCAAGAAGCUCCUCGUAAAGAGGAAAGACCUGAAGGUUGUGCUUAUGUCGGCGACCGUCGAUGCAGAGAGGUUUUCCAAAUACCUGGGGCGAGCUCCCGUGUUGAACGUACCUGGGCGAACGUUCCCAGUACAAAUCAGGUACCUUGAGGAUGCCCUCGAGGUUACCGGUUACACGCUCGAUCACCAGAGCCAGGAGAAGACGACCGACCUGGACGACGACCCGGCGGAGAGUGAGAAUGACCCGGCAUCAACCACAACGGCGGCAAAGGAUCUGCGGCAGUACUCGGCCAAGACUCGCAACACCUUGUCACAGAUGGAUGAGUAUCAGAUCGAGUUCGGGCUGGUCGUUCAACUCAUCGGUCAAAUCGCUGUUGAUCCGGCGUAUGCCCACUACAGCAAAGCAAUCCUGGUCUUUUUGCCCGGUAUUGCUGAGAUCAGGACGCUCAAUGAUCUGCUACUUGGAGAGCCAUUCUUCCAGAGGAACUGGGAGGUAUUUCCCUUGCACUCGACAAUCGCCACCGAAGACCAGGAGCGAGCGUUCGACGUGCCGCCACCAGGGGUGAGGAAGAUUGUCCUAGCAACCAAUAUUGCGGAGACGGGUAUUACCAUCCCGGACGUUACCUGCGUCAUCGAUACGGGCAAGCAUCGUGAAAUGCGGUUCGACGAGAGGCGCCAGCUGUCCCGGCUUAUCGACACAUUCAUCUCGAGGGCCAACGCGAAGCAGCGCCGUGGGCGAGCAGGCCGUGUGCAGGAAGGCCUCUGCUUUCACUUGUUUACCAAGCACCGCCAUGACCAACUCAUGAGCGACCAGCAGACGCCCGAGAUGCUGCGGCUCUCCCUGCAAGACCUAGCCAUCCGCGUCAAGAUCUGCAAGAUUGGCGGAAUCGAGGAGACUCUCGGGGAGGCGCUCGAUGCACCUUCGGCCAAGAACAUUCGCCGGGCGAUCGAUGCUCUCAUUGACGUGAGGGCCCUCACUGCCACUGAAGAGCUGACACCUCUGGGGCAUCAACUGGCGCGGUUGCCCCUCGACGUGUUUCUUGGGAAACUCAUCCUGCAGGGCUCGAUAUUCAAGUGCCUCGACAUGGCCAUUACUGUGGCAGCUAUCCUCUCGUCCAAAUCACCGUUCACUGCGCCAUUCGGCCAGCGAACUCAGGCAGACCAAGCGCGGAAAUCGUUCAGAAGAGGCGACUCGGAUCUACUCACCGUAUAUAACGCUUAUCUAAGUUGGAAGAGGGUGUGCCAGACAUCUAGCCACGACUUUCAGUACUGCAAGAAGAAUUUCCUAUCAUCACAAACGCUUUCCAACAUUGAGGACCUCAAAGGCCAGCUUCUCGUCUCGUUGGUGGACUCAAGUUUCCUCCAACUGACCGACGAGGAACGACGCACGCUGAACCGCCUCCGCUACAGUAGCCGGCGGCGACAGUUCUUCGACCUUCCCCACCGGGUCAACAUCAACAGCGACAACGACGUCAUCAGCGCUUCGGUGAUCGCAUGGAGCUUCUAUCCGAAGCUGCUCCUGCGGGAGAACAAGGGCUUCCGUAACAUAGGCAACAACCAGAGCAUUAGCUUACACCCGUCGAGCGUCAACAAAGGCCACCCAGAGCUCAAGUGGCUCUCAUACUACCACAUCAUGCAGGCCAAGCAAUUCCUCAACGCCCACGAAACCACUGCCGUGGAAAACUUUGCUAUCGCCUUGCUAUGCGGCGACGUGCGUAUCGAUAUGUACGCAGGCGUCAUCGUACUCGACGGCAAUCGCGCGCGCUUCAGCGUGCCGGACUGGAAGACGAUGCUCAUCAUCAAGGUCCUGCGCACCCGGCUGCGCGACAUACUCAACCGCUCCUUCAAGAUGCCCGGAAAGCUCCUCCCGACGCAGCAGGAGAAGUGGCUCGAUGUCUGGCAGAAGAUCUUCAGCCAGGACUUUGGGAGGGGGUGA